AUGUUACAGCGCAUCGUGGGCGCACAGUACAGUGGAGAGGGUUUAUUUGACAAAAUCGCGAACUUUGACCAAGAAUAUUACGUCACCCUGCCAAUCGAUGCGUGGAAGCUAGUCUACUGUGACUUGUACUAUAUUGACGGGGCCAAUAGUUGCUCACUGCAAGACAUUUAUGAGAGCCGUCUUCCGGAAGAGGAGCUCCAAACUCCUGCGGCACGAGCUAGAGAGAAUAUACGCCGUGACGUGAUCAAGGUGGCACGAAGGAAUGCCAAAUGGGUGCUCUCAGAACUUGAUCGGCUUUCGGACGAAGAAAAAACACAACCCCUUGAGGAUUUUGGGGAAAUGGUUCGUGCCAUAUGGAAGCGAGUGUCCCAUGUGCCACCAGCUUGGAUACAAGAGAUCCUUCGGGCUCAGCCCUGGGGAUUUGUCUACUACAAAGCCAAAGAAGUCAAAGAGGCAUAUGAUCCUAGGUGGGAUUCACUCUUGGAUAUGGUCAACAAAAGCCCGAUGCCUUCCUUAGAUAGGGACGCGAGAGAAGCGACCUACUUCAGUAUCCAUUGCCAAGGAAAGCGCAGUGAACUGGCGGCCCUGCACACUGAGGUAUGGGCUACCGUACCUUCGAAGGGAGGCUUGGCUGAGGAUGAUGGCUUCCGACAGUGGUCUCUCUCGUCCCUGGGUAUUUUGCAAAACACAUUCAUUGUAAUCCCCAUUGGAUUGAUCUCCAAGUCUGAAUACGAAGAGCUUCAUCCAUAUUGGGUCUGGGCAUACGAUGCAGACUGGGAUAGCUCUACCGAAGAGACAGUCUCCAGUAGCGGCGAAAAGUACCAAGGCCGAGUUAAGGUAUCCGUCUAUUCCCUGAAUGCGUGGUUCUAUGCUGCGCGCUGGGAGGGCAUAAGCCUUCGAGAUAUGUGGCUUAAGGCACAAACACUCGAGGAUGAGAUAUAG